GGGUUUAGCUACUUUCCAUUGAAAGGAGAUCGCUAGCUAGAAGUGAAAGAGAUUUCAGAUCUGUUCAACAGGGAAGAAGAAGAUCCAGUUCUAUUUGAGCAGUGAGUGGGUGAAGGACGAUGGCAUCUGGUCAGCAGGAUUGUGACACACAAGAUGAGCCGGAAAGAAAAAAGUUGAACCUUGAGGAAGACCAGAAGAGCAGCAUUGAUAACAUUGGAGUCAGUGUUAAUUUGAAUGCUGAGACGGGAGGAUUUGUAAAUUCUCCUGUACUCACUGGAAACAUCAUCACUGCUCCAGUGACCAUCAACUACAGCACUGCAGAACAUGAGCAACGAAAAAUCUCAGAGACAGAGGCAGCAGAGAAACACACCGAAAAACAAGAUCUGAUUCUGAAAAAAUUCUUGGAAACUCACAAAGCCAACAUGAAAAAGAAAGCAGAAUGCAUUUCUGAGGGCAAGAAAGAAAAUGAAGCAAAUCUCCAGGCUGUUUACACAGAGCUCUUCAUCACAGUGGGAGAUAUGAAAGAGGUUCAUCAGGAACAUGAGAUUCUGAAGAUUGAUGAUGCUAUCAACAAGAAAAAACAAACAGAGGACAAACCAAUCCAAUGCAAUGAUAUAUUUAAAUUAUUAGAAGACAAGAAGAAGAUUGUGCUGACCAAGGGAGUUGCUGGCAUUGGAAAAACUGUCUCUGUGCACAAGUUCAUCCUGGACUGGGCAGAAGGAAAAGCCAAUCAGGAUAUAAAGUGUGUGUUCCUGCUUACAUUCAGAAAGAUUAACUUUAUGAGCGAUGAAGAUUUCAGUCUCCAUGAGUUUCUGCUGGAAUUUUAUCCUGAACUGGGGGGCCUGGAGAAAACCAACUUAUAUAAGGAAUGCAAUAUAGUGUUUAUAUUUGAUGGACUUGAUGAGAGUCAUCUGCCUUUGAAUUUUAAUACUAGAACAUCAACAAGAGCCAUUGUUGAGAAAAGAUCAUCAGUAGAUAUGCUGUUUACAGGUCUGGUCAAAGGUCAGCUGCUUCCAUCAGCUCUGGUUUGGGUGACAUCACGACCAGCAGCAGCCAAUGAGAUCCCUCCUCAGUAUGUGGGUUUGUUCACAGAGGUGCGAGGAUUCACAGACCAACAGAAGGUGGAGUAUUUUAGAAAGAAAAUCACAGAUGAGACCCUGGCCUCCAGAAUCAUCUCACACAUUAAGACGUCUCGUAGUCUCUACAUCAUGUGCCACAUUCCUCUGUUCUGCUGGAUCACAGCCACAGUACUUCAGGAUAUUCUCAUCAAGAACAGCGAAGACAACUUCAGCACAACACUCACGGAAAUGUACAUCCACUUUCUGCUGAUACAGAUGAACAUCAAAAGCCAAAAGUAUGACGUAAAAGCAGAAAGAGAAUAUACAAAGAACUUAGAUUCAAACAGAACAAUGAUUUUAAAGUUAGCCAAGCUAGCAUUUGAAGAGCUGAAGAAGAAAAACAUUGUGUUUUAUGAGAAAGAUCUGAAAGCAUGUGGUAUUUUUGUGAGUAAAGACACUGAGUUCACAGGAAUGAUCGCUGAGAUCUUUAAGAAGGAAGAUGGACUUCAUGACAAGAAGGUCUUCUCCUUUAUGCAUCUGAGUGUUCAAGAGUUUCUCGCUGCAGUGCAUGUGUUCCUCUGUUACCUGAACAAAAACAUGCAAGAGCUUCAGUUUUUCUUUGAUAAGCCAGAAGAAAAAAGCAAAUUGCAGAAGCACCAGGUUUUCUCUGAUGAGCCAGAAGAAAAUAGCACAUUGCAGGAGCACCAGUUUUUCUCUGAUGAGCCGGAAGAAAAUAGCACAUUGCAGGAGCACCAGUUUUUCUUUGAUAGGCCAGAAGAAAAUAGCACAUUGCAGGAGCACCAGUUUUUCUUUGAUAAGCCAGAAGAAAAAAGCACAUUGCAGGGGCUACUGCAGAAGGCUGUUGAUAAAGCCAUGGAGAGUAAGAGAGGACAUCUGGACCUGUUCCUGCGGUUUCUGGUGGGCAUUACACUGGAAUCCAGUCAAAACCUGCUCCAAGGUCUGAUCACACACACUGAAGACACCACAAAGAGCAUCAGACAAACAACUCAAUACAUUAAACAAGAGCUAAACAGUCACUCUAUCUCAGAUGAAGCUUCAGUCAACCUAUUCUACUGUUUGCUUGAGCUCAAGGAUCAUUCAUUAUAUGAGGAAAUCCAGAGAUACCCCAGUUCAGAUGAACAUCCGGGAAGAAAACUCUCAUCUUCAAUGUGUUCAGUGCUGACCCAUAUACUGCUGAUGUCAGAGAAGGUGCUGGAUGAGUUCAACCCAAAGAGAUUCACAUCAUCUUCAAACUACACUAGACUCAUUCCAGCUGUGAGAUGCUGCAGAAAAGCACUAUUUGAUGGCUGUGGUCUUGAUGAGACAUGCUGUGAAACUGUAUGUUUAGCUCUCCACUCGUCAGACUCUCAUCUGAGAGAGCUGGACCUGAGUAGAAAUCACUUGCAGGAUUCAGGAGUGAAGCUGCUGUAUGAUGGACUGAAGAGUUCACACUGUCAGCUGAACAUAUUGAGGCUAUGUGGCUGUAAUCUCACUGUUCAGUCCUGUGAAAGUUUAUCAUUAGCUCUACAAUCCCCAACCUCCCGUCUGAGAGAGCUGGACCUGAGCAACAAUGACCUGAAGGAUUCUGGAGUGAAGCUUAUAUCUGAUGGACUGAAGAGUUCACACUCUCAGCUGGAGAUACUGAGAUUUUCCAUAUGUAAUCUCACUACUCAUUCUUGUGAGAGUUUGUCAUCAGUUUUACAAUCCUCAAACUCCUGUCUGAAAGAGCUGGACUUGAGCAACAACGACCUGACGGAUUCUGGAGUGAAGCUUAUUUCUGAUGGACUGAAGAGUUCACACUGUCAGCUGGAGAUACUGAGAUUUUCCAUAUGUAAUCUCACUACUCAUUCUUGUGAGAGUUUGUCAUCAGUUUUACAAUCCUCAAACUCCUGUCUAAAAGAGCUGGAUCUGACUAAUAAUGACCUGGAAGAUUUAGGAGUGAAGCUGCUUUCUGAUGGACUGAAGAUAAACUGUAACCUGGAAAUACUGAGGUAAACCGUUUUCCAUAAAAUAAUUAACAUGCCACCACAUUUUGUUUGAGAGAAAAGCAUGACACUGUAUUCGUUACCACACAAGAAAAUCAUGUCUCAGAGUGAAAUAUUGUUUCACACA